UUAUAACAUUUCCCACAAAGCGACAAAUACAAAUAGAUUUAUUGGCAUCUUCAAUUUUUUCCGUUGAUAAAAUACAUACUGUGUUUUUAAGUAACUUUAAAAAUUAGUUUUUUUUUAAAACACUUAUAUAUCUCUAAUUAACGUUUACUUCUAAAAUGAUGUAGUCAUUCUCAACUCAGCUCACGCUUACUUUCAAAUGGGCUUAAGAUGAGUGAUGAUCCACCGCUAUGUACAUUUUUUGCUCGUGCCUUUCAAAUCGAUCCUAAUACAAAGAAAAAAUGGAUACCUUUGUUUGAUCAGUCUGUGAAUGUAUCUUUUCAUUAUGAUACUAGCAAGUUUAUCUAUAAGAUCUUUUCUGAAAAUAAUGGAGAAGUUCUUAUCAAUAGUACAAUUACAUCAGGAAUGUCUUUCACAAAAACGUCUCAAAAGUUUGGGCAAUGGUCAGAUGCAAAGUUAAACACUAUGUUUGGUCUUGGCUUUACUUCAGAAAAUGAUUUGGUGAAGUUUUCUGACAAGUUCAAUGAAUACAAGAUGCAUGUUUGUAAUGGAACAUCACCAUUGUUAUCUAAUGGAAGUUCCUCAUUGUUUUCUAAUGGGAUUUCUCCACCACAUUCAAAAAUUAUCAAUAAUAGCCCUCUAUCUGUAUCUCUUUCUGCAAGUCAAAGUGGAUCUAUUAUCUCAUCUGGUAGUACUGGAAGCAAUGAAGAAGGUAGACGUUCUCCACACAGUCGUCAUUCAUCAAAUAGCUUUAAUGAAUCAAAUCUCAAAUAUGAAAAUGAUAGAUUAAAAAAAGCUUUAGCUCAAAGUUCUGUUAAUGCAAAGAAGUGGGAAGUCGAAUUGCAAACACUGAAAAAUAAUAACGCUCGUCUUACUGCUGCAUUACAAGAAAGUUUGAUAAAUGUUGAAAAAUGGAAAGAGCAACUCCAUAACUACAAAGAAGAAAACAGCAAGUUGAGAAAAAUGGUUGCAACUGGCACUGAAUCAAAUGAAGGAUAUUUUUCAUCUGUUCGUGGUGUUUCUUCAUCUUCCAAUCAUAAAAUGCUUGAGCAAUCUUUUAAAGAAGCUCAAGAGAAACUUCGAAAGCGAGAUGAAGAAAUCAAGCAACUUUCUCAUCGUGAAGAAUUGAACUCACAACAACUUAAAGACAACGAAUUUGAUAAAAAGAUAAAAGGGAAAUCGGUUUGUUUUAUUUAUAUGCGUAUAUUAAGAUGAAAAUCGCGGUUGAAGGUUGCGCUCACGGUGAGCUAAAUAAAAUCUAUGAAAGUGUUGCGUAUAUUGAAGCUCGAGAAAACAUUAAGGUCGAUCUGCUUAUUUGUUGUGGGGACUUCCAAUCAGUUCGCGACCAAAAAGAUAUGCAUAGUAUGGCAGUUCCACAAAAGUUUAUGGAUAUGAAAGAUUUUCACGAAUAUUAUUCUGGUAAACGAAAAGCUCCUGUAUUAACUUUAUUUAUUGGUGGUAACCAUGAAGCAGCACUUUUUCUGUGGGAAUUACCUUACGGUGGAUGGGUUGCAGAAAACAUUUAUUACAUGGGUUAUGCUGGCGUUGUCAGCUUUGCCGGUUAUCGAAUAGGAGGAUUAUCUGGUAUUUAUAAGAGCGGAGAUUAUUACAAAGGGCACUUUGAAAAACCGCCAUUUAAUGAAUCUACUAAAAGAUCUUUCUAUCACGUCCGCAGUUUUGAUGUUGCUAAAAUAAAACUUCUUGCUGAUGAAGAGAAUCCUAUUCAUAUAUUUCUCAGUCACGAUUGGCCAAAAGGCAUCUAUAAUCAUGGUAAUUGCGAACAGCUGUUACGGUUUAAGCCUUACUUUAAACAAGAAAUUGAUAAUAAUGAGCUUGGUAGUGAUGCUGCUGAUGAUAUUUUAAAAGCAUUAAAACCAGCUUAUUGGUUUUCUG